UGUGAAGGGGGCAUGCAUGCCUAGAAAGUCUGGGAGCGGUGAGAUAAUGGGCACAACAUUGAGAUGCCAGCAGACUGAAGUCAAAUUCACCAAUAGCUGGAAGUCCUAUGAUGAAAUUCUUGCAGAAGAGUCCAAGAUGACCAGGAGACAGAGAGCACUGAGAGACACUGGCUGCCCGCGGGAGGGAGUUGCUCAGUUAGAUCCCGAUAUUAUCCUGACCAUGCUGGGAGACCUGGAGCAAGUGCUUUAUACAAACCUGCCUGGUGAAGAUCCAGAAACUAGGAGAAUGAGGACAGUGAAGAACAUCGCUGACCUUCGGCAAAACCUGGAAGAGACAAUGUCGAGUCUGCGCGGGACCCAGAUAAGCCAUAGCACGCUGGAGACAACAUUCGAUAGCACCGUCACCACGGAGAUCAAUGGGCGCUCCAUGGCCGCAGUGACCAGCAGAACAUCUGCCAUGUCCUGGAGGCUUGGCCAGUCCAGCCCUCGGUUGCAAGCUGGUGAUGCCCCAUCCCUGGGCACUGGCUACCCUCCCCGACCUAACCCCAGUCGUUACAUCCACCCUGACGGCUCACGCUACGUAUACACUGCACCCCUCCGAAGGACAGCGGGGUCAAGGGCCGGCAAUAACUCGCAGCUGGACAUCUCUGAGAAAGGAAGCUCUGAGCUCGACAUGACACCCACCGAUGUGGAUGUGACCGGUUACAUGAGCGACGGUGACUUACUGGGAAAGAACAUAAGGAGCGAUGACAUCGGCAGUGGGUACAUGACUGAUGGAGGUCUGAAUUUAUACACCCGCAGCAUAACCCGUAUUCCAGACAUAUCAGCUACACGCGAUGUCAUUCAGAGGGGCGUGUCGGAUGUCUCAGGAGAUGUUGAUAGUUGGGAUGAUAGCAGCUCCAUCAGCAGCGGUCUCAGUGACACACUCGAUAACCUUAGUACUGAUGACCUGAACACCACCUCAUCCAUCAGCUCGUACUCCAACGUCACUGCCUCUUCCAGGAAGAAUACCAGAACUCAGCCCAAACCUGACACAGAGAAGCACUCGACUUCCGAAAAUGAAACCGCUUGGAGCGGGGAAGAUUUGAAGAAGCCUGAGGAGGGUUUGGACGUGUCAAAGAUGGACUUGAGUGAGAAGUGGAAAAGGAACUUGUCUGAUUUAUCAGAUGAUUCUGAGAAAGGACAGAGACCGUCUCUGUCUCUGUCUCAAACAGGAUCAUGGAGACGGGGUAUGACAGCGCAAGGAGGGGUACCCACACCGCGGAACAAACAGCCCUUAAAAACACCAGUUGCAGGAAAAACAGAAGAUGUUAAAGUUUCGGAAAAGGGAAAGGUGUCCUUAAAAGGCACAACUAGCCAACACUGUCCCUCGGAGGCAGGAAAGAGCAGUGGAGAUGAAGGCAAGAAGCCACCAUCUGGAAUUGGACGAGCAUCCACUGCUGGCUCCUUCGGCUUUAAGAAAGCUGGCAUCUGCUCAUCGACGGUCAGCAUGAGUAGCAGUGGGGUAACAGUGACCAGUGGCUCCGCUACGCUGGGGAAAGUGCCCAAGUCUUCUGGCAUUCCCAGCAAGUCGAGCUCCGUUAGAAAGACCAGUCUGGAUGGUUCCCAGAACCAGGAGGACGGAAUCCUGCUGAUCAGCUCCAGGACUAAUCUGCAGUAUCGCAGCUUACCACGACCCGAUAAGACCAGUGCUGGCACCAUCGGCAGCCGUGGUGGGCAUCGCUCCAGUACCAGCAACAUCGACUCCAACACCGGGGGGAAAUCAGCGAGCAAUGCAGCCUCCAAGCUCAGAGAACCUUCCAAGGUUGGCUCGGGGCGUUCCAGCCCCAUCGGGAUUGCUCAGGGGGAGAGAGAGCGGGAGAAGGUAGCUGCAGGGUCUGACCCAGAAACAAUGUCACUUUCAAGUUCCCCAAAAUCCAGCCCUCCGUCCAUGAGCAGCAGCGGAACGUCAGGACUCAGGCAACAGGGUUCCAAGUAUCCAGAUAUCUCCUCACCAACAUUCCGCAGGUUGUUUGGAACGAAGGCGAGUGGGAAAGCGAGCAGUGUGCCUAGUUCAGAACCGGUGAAGUGCUCCUCUGUCAUCUCUAACCCCCAUGCCUCUCUGACCCGGCAGGGCAGUCUGGAGUCACCUUCCAUGGGGCCAGGAAACAUUGUGAGUGGCCAGGGCAGUGGAGGAGGAAGCAGCUCCUUGAACUGUAAACCUCCUGAGCUACCCACCGAAGGAAGCAGCCUGGCUUCUAGCCCAGCCUCUCUUCACUCAUUAACCUCCAGCGGGCACCAGCUAACAGCUAGCCUCAGCAGUUCCCCAGGGGGCAGUAAGGACACUCUGAGCUACCCUUCCCUGACCAGCCUGCACACCAGCUCCGAGUCAAUCGACCUCCCACUCAGUCACCAUGGCUCGUUAUCUGGACUGACCACCGUGCCCAAGGGGGAUGUACCCAACCUGCUGCUGAGGACCGGAAGUGUCAAGUCAACGCUGUCAGAGAGUCCACUUUGUUUCCUUGUUAACACGCCUCAGUAUCACAGGAUCACUCCCUCUCGGAAGCUGGACAGUGUGCAACUAGAUCGAAACACCCUCCCUAAAAAGGGACUCAGGUACACCCCGUCAUCUCGACAAGCCAGCCAUGAGGAAGGCAAGGAAUGGCUUCGCUCUCACUCAACUGGAGGCCUGCAAGACACAGUCAGCCAAUCACCUCUGCCCUCACCCUCUGCCAUCUCAUCCCCUUGCAGUGGCACAUAUCAUUUUACACAUUUAGUGAGUCCUACAGCAGUGUCCCAGUUUCAUCUCUCUGGUCCCAGUAUGAUGCGUUCAAACAGCAUUCCCACGCAAGAUUCCUCAUUUGACUUGUACGGAGAUUCCCAAUUGUGUGGAAGUGCAAACUCCCUGGAGGACAGGCCAAGGACAAUCAGCAGAUCCGGAUCAUUCCGGGGCAGUAUGGAGGAAGUCCAUGGGUCUUCGCUCUCACUGGUUUCAAGCACAUCAUCUCUUUACUCCACAGCUGAAGAGAAAGCACAUUCUGAGCAAAUUCGGAAGCUGCGCAGAGAGCUGGAUACUUCUCAGGAGAAGGUCGCCUCCCUCACCUCUCAACUUUCGGCUAAUGCUCACCUCGUGGCUGCUUUUGAACAGAGUUUAAGCAACAUGACCUCCCGGCUACAGAACUUAACUAUGACUGCUGAGCAAAAGGAGUCGGAACUCACUGAGCUGAGAGAGACCAUCGAAAUGCUGAAGACACAAAAUUCUGCUGCUCAAGCUGCCAUCCAGGGAGCUUUAAAUGGCCCAGACCAUCCAAACAAAGUAGAUACACGGAUUAGAAGACAACAUUCCUCAGACAGUGUUUCCAGCAUCAACAGUGCGACCAGCCAUUCCAGCAUUGGGACUGUGAAUGAUAGCGACUCAAAGAAAAAAAAGAAGAAACAGAGCUGGCUGAGAAGCUCCUUCAAGCAAGCUUUUGGUAAAAAGAAAUCAUCAAAACCCAAUCUCUCUCAUUCGGACAUCGAAGAAAUCACUGACUCCUCAAUUCCAUCAUCUCCCAAAUCACACCAGGACUCAACAGAUCCUGGAUCCCUGAAACCAUCACAUUCUACAUCCGCCAAGCCCAUGUCUCUCUGGGUGACAAGGAAACAGCUCAAUGGCCCAGUGAUCUAUCAGCAUGGGUCCCGCAUCUGUGAGUGCACCGAGACAGAGGCUGAGGCCAUUGUGCACCUGAAGAGUGAGCUGCGGGAGAAGGAACUCAAACUGACUGAUAUUCGCCUGGAAGCACUUAGCUCUGCUCACCACCUGGACCAGAUCCGGGAAGCAAUGAACAGGAUGCAGAAUGAAAUUGAACUUCUAAAAGCAGAAAAUGAUCGUUUGAAAUCAGAGACAGGAAGUAGCAGUGGAGCAGCACAGACGCAAUCCCAGUCAUCAACCUCAUCUUCCACUUCCUCCUCCCGCCAUUCCCUGGGACUUUCCCUCCAUAAUCUCAAUGUCAGCGGAGCUGCAACAACAGACAGUUUGCUGGAUGAAGGAUCUGAUGGUUCAUUCCGUAAGGAGAGCUGUAGUGUGCGAAUAAUGAUUUGCCUGAACAAACAACUCAAGCGAACUAAGGAAGAAAAGUCUCCUCAGUAUCUCAUAGGGUCGUUAGGAGUCAGCGGAAAGACAAAAUGGGAUGUUCUUGAUGGUGUAAUCCGUCGAUUGUUUAAGGAGUAUAUUUUCCGUUUGGACCCCAGUACGAGUCUCGGUCUGUCAUCUGACAGCAUUCUCAGCUACAAUAUCGGGGAGGUAGUGAGAGCAGGGAACCUGGAACUGCCGGAACUGCUGCCCUGUGGCUACCUGGUUGGAGAGAGCAACAUCAUUACUGUGAAUCUAAAAGGUGUGGCAGAGAAUAGUGUGGACAGCUUGGUGUUUGAAACACUAAUUCCAAAACCCUUAACACAUCGUUACCUCAACGUCCUGCUAGAACAUCGAAGGAUCAUCCUCUCGGGUCCUAGUGGGACCGGGAAAACCUACUUAGCCAAUAAACUUGCUGAAUUCCUGGUGAACAGGGCUGGAAGGGAGGUCACUGAUGGGUCGAUAGCCACUUUUAACGUGGAUCACAAAUCGAGCAAGGAAUUGCGCCAAUACUUGUCAAACCUGGCUGAUCAGUGCAAUACUGCGGAUAAUGGUUCUGACCUGCCUUUAGUGAUAAUCCUGGAUAACCUCCAUCAUAUUGGCUCAUUGAGUGACAUCUUCAAUGGAUUCCUCAAUUGUAGAUACCACAAAUGUCCCUAUGUUAUUGGAACAAUGAACCAAGCUGUCUCGUCCUCUGCUAACCUGGAACUUCACCACAACUUCAGGUGGGUACUCUGUGCCAAUCAUACUGAACCCGUGAAAGGAUUCCUGGGUCGCUAUUUACGCCGUAAGCUAAUUGAGACUGAAAUCGAUAGAAAUAUGCGCAACAGUGACCUCUUGAAAAUCAUUGACUGGAUCCCCAAAGUGUGGCAGCAUUUAAAUGGUUUCUUAGAGACACACAGUUCAUCGGAUGUUACUAUUGGUCCACGUCUCUUCCUCUCGUGCCCUUUGGAUGUAGAUGGCUCCAGGGUUUGGUUCACAGACCUGUGGAAUUAUUCUCUGAUACCAUACCUUUUGGAAGCAGUUCGUGAAGGCCUUCAGUUAUAUGGCAAGAGAGCACAGUGGGAGGAUCCCGCAAAGUGGGUGGUGGACACGUACCCAUGGAAUGCUGGCUCACUGCAGCACGAGUGGCCAUCUCUGCUGCAGCUACGACCCGAGGACGUGGGAUAUGAGGGUCACACAUCUGCCAAGGACAGUGGCUCCUCCAAGCAUGUCCCCCAAAGCGAUAGUGAUGGUGACCCAUUGAUGAACAUGUUGAUGAGGCUUCAAGAGGCAGCGAAUUAUUCCAGUGCGCAGAGCUGCGACAGUGACAGCACCAGUCACCAUGAUGACAUUUUAGAUUCCUCUAUAGAAUCGACUCUGUGAGGUGGAUUCAGAGUGUGAUGGGGAUGUGUGAGUUUUUAUUGCUGUGAAGAUACUGACCUGCAUUGAGGGUGUGAGGCUGCACAGUGAAGGAUGAAGACUCCCUGGGGGUGUUCCAGUGGUAAUCUACAGAGUGCACCAAGGCAAGGAACUCUCAAUGCGAGGUCAGCUCGCUCGAGUCAGCUGUAUUGAGGGACACACUGGUGGGAACCAACUGAGUUUAAUUCAUCAACAUGAUGUGUACAUAAUGGAUAAAAUACACACAUACACACUAACAAACAAAAAAUAAUUGCACAUGAAAUCAAGCCAAACUGGAAUUUUGCAAAGUAUUUACAUGUGUAAACUUGAUUUUAAUUUUAAUUGAGGUGCUGCAAGGAGUGGAUUAGACAGCUGCUAAUCCAUCUCUGUCCUAACCUCAGCUCUCUGCCGAAUUGGUGCUGGUUGAAAAAGCCAGAAACAGUCCUUGGUUUACACCCACUGCCCACAAUCCCAACAGCUUUGCACACAAUAAGCACAACGUUGGGAGAGGGGGCAUGCGGUGUCCAAUCACCGUGGGGUCAACUUUUGAAAACAUGCUGGACACACAGCUCAGCUUUUCUUGGUGCUGCUGGUCGAAGCAUUUCUUUCUUUCUAACAGGCUUCAUUUAUGGAUUUCUACUGCUGUAUGUUGUAGUUUUUUUUAAUUUAAAUUUCAAGUCUUUUAACUUGAAGAAAAGGUCUCUCAGUCACCAGACUUACUUAAACCUCCACUAAUGGUACAAGUGAUAACCUUGGCUUGUGAAGGGCUACAUCAAUAGAGGUUGUGGAAAGUCUACAAGUGGGAAUAACAUUCAAUAUGGUGCUGAAUCACUUGCCUUAUUCUCAACAGGUUACAGGACUUAAAUGAAGCCACUUAAUUUUAUCUGCAAAUAUUUGUAUCUGGCAACUCUUUAUUUAUGGAGUUUGGAGGAGCUGAAAGGGAGUAGGUUUGAUCAUUUCACACUGGUUCAACCCGACAGUAAUUCCUACUUAUUCUUCCUCAGUUGGGGGCUGGGUUUAACUCUGCACCCUAAAGGGAAAUUUGAAAUAUCUUAACAAGCAAAUACUUUUCAGAAAACCCACUCCUGUUCACUGCCCCCUCUCUCUUUCUCUCUCCCUUUUCUUUUUUAAUAGUAUUUACAAGUCACAGUUUCAGUGAAAUGACUGAAAGAUAAUAAUUGGUUAGUGUAUAAAGUGGUUCUUCACUGAAUCUAAACCAGCAGAGCUGGGACAACUUGACAGAAGGGUAUGAGCACAAAAUGUUCUCUUGUAUAAACGUUCAGCAUGUUUUUACUGCCUAUAUGCAAAGCUAAAUCUCAUUCAAAGGGAAGGAGAGCCAGUUUGAAUGUCAGCCCCCGACCUCCUGGCACUCUCUCACAGACAUCCCCACUCCCACACCAACUCCUCCCUUGACCCAUUCACUCUGUGUUCGCGCAAAUGCAAAUGGACUUGCAAAACUCUUCAAACUGAUUCAGACUGUCAACAGCAUCCCCCCCCACUUCACCCCCCCCCCCCCCCACCCACACCCAUUGUCCGCUCCCCUCCCCUCAAAGCAGUUUAAGGUUAAAAUAAAUUUCAAAUUUUGCAUGCUAGAGAUCUGAAAUAAAACCAGAAAGUGCUGGAGAAAUUCAGAAACUGUUCUGAAGAAGGCUCACUGGACUUGAAAUGUUGAUUCUGCGUUCUCUCUGUAAAUGCUGCCAGCCCUGCCAAAUUUCUCCAACAAUUACUGUUUUAGUUUAGAUUCAGGUUAAAAUUGGACUUUCACACAUUAAUGUACAGAAGAACACCUCACUCUGGGAAGGAGGGUGGGGGCCUGUGGGAGGGGCCGCAUGAAUAGUGCACUUCAUUGGUGUUUUCUCUUACACCCCAUGAUGUGGGGGGGGGGCAGGGGGGUCGUUCAUUUGAUUUCUUUGUGUUUUGAAAGGGGUUUUUGCACAAACAUAAGAAAUUGUAAAUAGAGAAACAAAAGGAUGAAAGAACGAAACGUGUUUUGUUUUGCCUUGCACAGUAAAGAUUUGAGAAUUUCUGAUAUGUGUAUUACUUGGUGUAAACAUUUACUUCACUUGACUAUGCUGGGAUUUUUGUAAACACUGUUGAGAAUUCUCUGUCUAGACAAGAUGUGUUUUAUUUUGUGUGAUAACCAUUACUAGGAGCUGCUCUCCAUCGGAGAUUAAUGAGCCACAGAUGGACCACUGCCAAUUUUUAUUCAUCUUGUUCAUUGGGGCAUCUUUAUUGAAUGUUGGGUUUGUUUUAGCCUGUAUAACACAAGUCUACUGUUCACCCAAACUACCCAUCCUUGGCACUGACCCAGCUCCCUCAGAGUCAACAGAAUUCUCUGACACUCCUGUUUAUAUCUGUCAGUCAGGGCUCCCUGAUUGGACCAGGUUAACAGCCCCAAACAGGGAACUCCUAUGAGGUCCACCUGGCUGACCCUGCUCCAAUCACUACAGUUUUAGCCUGUAUAGCACAAAUCUACUGUUCACCCAAACUGCCCAUCUUUGACGCAUUUCAGUGAGACAUGGGGAAGUGUUUUUGUGUGAAACAGUUUUCUGUAAAACAUAUUUUGUAUUCUGUACAUUUUAAUGUAACAUACAAUGUAAAUAAUCAGUGAUAGCAACAAAAAAAUGAAAAAAGGAUGAAAACAAUCAUGGGGAGAGUUUUUUGCAGUCUUUUUCAGGUGUUAACUUUUGCGUUUGAGUAUUUGGGUGUAACCAGAUUAACAAGUUGUUAAUCUCUGGUUUUAAUCUGUCUCUCCAUCUUGUAUAUGUAUUUUUUUCCAAAUUAUGCACAUUGUGUCUGUCUAAAUUAUGACUUUACCAUUAAAGUGAUACUA